UUUCGUGUCACCGUUGUAUGCUUUUGGAAUGGUUCAAUUCGAUCAACUAGUAAUAAUGUUAAGUAAGUUGGGGGAAAACGUAAACUGUUUGCAUGCAACUCAUACAUGGAUUUGAAUGAAUUUAAACAUUUUAUAUGCUCUAGGAUUGGCAUUGACACUACAAGAAGUACUGUUAAUUUAAGUUUUAAAUACAAUCUGAGUGGAGAUUUGUUAGCUUUUCCGGUUGAGGAUGAGGAGGCUAUAGAUGCAAUGUGGGAGUAUUCAAGGUCUACCCCUAGUCCUUCUUUAGAGUUAUAUGUAGAAGAGGUACCCCUAGGGAACAAAGAUGUGAAUGUAGUGGAAACAAAUGCAUUUAUGAAUAUAACUCCUUCUGCUCCUUCUCAUACGCCCUUCCCUACCCAAGAAACCCAAAAUCCCUUUAUGCCAUCUUCCUCUUAUCCUUGUAAUGAACCCAAUCAAGUUCAAUUUCAAGUGUCAAAUGAUGUUACUUUUAACUUACAAGAUACAAAUGAGCCUUGGGAUGAUGUUUAUAGUGAGAGUAAUGAAUUCGUUGAAGCUCCUUCUGAGGAUGAUGUGGGUAUUGACGAGGAGGCUCUAGCUAAUGACAUGACUUUAGGAAACAUUCCAACAAUCGUUGCCCCUACACCCUAUGCACUGGUUCCCCCUCUAGACGAACACAUUGAGGACAACUCUUGGAGGUCUUGGGAUUGUGAUACAACCUACACCGACGAAGGAGAGUUUUAAAAGGGUAUGAUGUUUGACAACAAGAAUGCCUUGUUAGACGCUGUUAGAUUGUAUCAUAUUCGUAGGAACGUUGAGUACAGAACUAAGACUUCAAAUCAAACCGUGCUCACGUUGAAGUGUAAGAGAGGGUGUGGUUGGAGGCUUAGGGCUAGGAAGACCUCCUAUUCACCGUCAUGGGAGAUAAUUACUUAUAAAGGGAAGCACGGGGGUUGUAUUUUAAGUACUGAAAACGUGUCAGCUGGGCACAUUCAUUUGACAUCUUCCGUGAUUAACAAUCGUAUUAGAAAUUGUGUUACUCAAGACCCAUCAAUUAAGGUUUCUGUUGUCCAGCAAAUGGUCAAAGACCAAUUCGGUGUGGAAGUGACCUAUAAGCGGGCUUGGUGUGCUAAACAGCAAGCCCUUCUCUCCAUCUAUGGUACGUGGGAAGAUUCUUAUCCUCUUCUUCCACGCUUCCUGAAGGCACUGCAAAUUUCAAACCCCGGUACCGUAUUUGAGUGGUUCUUUAAGGAAGAUAAUGAUGUCGGUGUGUAUGUCCGUCCUAGUAUUAGAACUUUCCAACGCGUGUUUUGGGCUUUCCAACCUAGUAUUGAGGGAUUUAAGUAUUGCAAACCCGUUAUUGCCAUUGACGGAACACAUUUGUAUGGUAAGUAUCGCCAUACGUUGUUGACUGCGAUUGCCCAAGAUGGGAACAAGGGAAUAUUCCUGCUUGCCUUUGCUUUGGUCGAAAAAGAAUGCAUAGCCGCGUGGUCUUGGUUUAUGGGCUGUGUUCGUAAGCAUGUGAUGCAUAGUCCAGGGUUAUGCGUUAUUUCUGAUAGGCAUGCGGGCAUUCUAGCAACUAUGGAGGAGCCGGAAUGGCAACCUCCAAAUGCCCAUCAUAGGUUUUGCUUGCGGCAUUUGUUAAGCAACUUCAAUCGUCAAAUGGGUAAUGUGAAGUUGAAGAAAAUGUUUGGUAGGACUGCAGAGCAAAGACAACCCAAUAAAGUCGUCGAGGGAUUGAAGGCCAUUGGUGUUGUUAAUCGUGAAGCACUAUUUUGGAUUGAUGAAGUUGGUGAUAUGUCUAAAUGGUCAAUAUGUCACGAUGGAGGGUAUAGGUACGGUGUUACUAAUACGAACUUGGCCGAAGUAUUCAAUAACGUGAUGAAGGGUGUGCGUUUCUUGCCUAUAACCCACUCUUGUGGAGUUUACCUUCUAUUGUGUUAAUGAUUAUUUUGUAAAAAGACGCGAGAAUGCAAACGCGUGGUUAAUUGGGGGAAACAAGUACACUUCACACGCCACUAGAAUUAUCACCCGUAACACCGAGAAGGCAAACUACCAUGAGAUCAUCGCAUUUGACUACAGACGAGGCAUUUUCCAAGUUAAGACUGGGCGUGGUAAUAGAGGAUCGGCCAAGGGUGGUAAAAUACAAAGUGUGGAUAUGAGCGAGAUGAAAUGCACUUGUAACAAACCGUCCAUAUUUCACUUACCUUGUUCUCAUGUUCUUGCCGUAUGCAUUAAACGACACUUAUCCUAUGAGCGAUUUGUGGACUCCUGCUACAAGACCCAGAGCUAUGUUAACACGUAUGAAUGCAUUUUCUUGCCGUUAAUUGAUAAGAGGGCAUGGCCUCAAUACACCGGUGUUGAGGUGUUAUACGAUCCAGAUCACAUUCGUGGAUUAGGAAGACCUAAGUCCAGGAGGAUCGCGAACGAGAUGGACGAAGGAUCGCGGAGACGCAACGCUUGUCGACGGUGUGGUAUUGACGGUCAUAAUACUAGAACUUGCACGUCAAGGAGAGAUGGAUCCAACAGCUCCAGGCCCUCUGGACCCUAGUGUCCUUACGAUGCAGGCGAGUCACAACUUGUUUUAUAAGUAUCAAAUUGAGUAAUUUACUAAUCGAAUUUUCACGUUUAGUGUCUAUGGGACCCUUACCCCGCUGAGGCAUACGCUGCAUUGCCUCAGCACUCGGGCAUAUUGUCAGGGGCGUGGAGAGCAUCUGUACCUCUGAUCUGCUUCGACAUGGUCGAAGUGCAUCUCCCUGAGCGCGUACUGCGCCAAUUUGGGAUGGUACAGGGCAUCCCGCCUCCAUGCGACACAGAAGCGGAGCUCCACCACUCUCGCAAGGGUCGGGAUCCCAAGAACUGGCUAGAGGUCAACUGGCGGCAUGUCGCUCGUUGGGAGCACAUGCUAGAUCUGCUUGCCCAAGGUGCGCCGAUCGAGGCUGCAGGCGCACCUACUACGGCGGAUUACAUGCCGUGGUUCCUCUCCAUUACUCGCCGAUGGAUGACACCACGAGGUAUCUUGGCGGCAUCCCAGUACAAUCCCGCAGCACCGACGAUGACACACUUUGCACAGGGCAUUACAUCAGUCAUCGGCUCCUCCCAAGAGGAGCCCGUACGGGAGAUUGCCCAAGGCAUACUCCUAGGCACGCAGUUUCAACACUUCAUUCCGAAAGUAACUGCGCCCCACACCACUACGUACGCGUACGAGUCAUCUGCUCAUCAACCCGACGUUCAUCUUGAGGAGGUUGACUUAACGUGUCCGGACUAUGGUGUCGGGUCCUCACAAGGUGCCACAUCAUCAA